UCCGGGGUAUCCCGGCCCGAUGUGAUCCCGGGGUAUCCCGGUGUGAUCCCGCCGCAAUCCCGGGGUAUCCCGGCGUGUCCCGGCCAGUCGCUCUGUGAUCCCGGGAUAUCGCGGCCCGGUCCGUUGUGAUGCCCUUGUGAUCCCGGGGUAUCCCGGCCUCGUCGCGCUCUGAUCCCGCUGGAAUCCCGGUGCAAUCCCGGGAUAUCUCGGUGUGACCCCGGUGUUAUCCCGCUGGAAUCCCGCUGUGAUCUCGUCCCGGCCCCGUCCCGCUGUGAUCCCGCCGUGAUCCCGGCGUAUCCCGGCCCCGUCCCGCUGUGAUCCCGCUGGAAUCCCGGCGUAUCCCGGCCCCGCCGCCAUGGGGAAGAAGGGGAAGCGCGACAAGAAGGGGAAAGGCGCCGAGAAGACGCUGGCGAAGAUGGAGAAGAAGGUGUCCCGCCGAGCCAAGAAGGACGAGGAGGAUCUUGAAGCCCUGAUAGCAGAAUUCCAGAGUUUGGAUGCUAAAAAGACCCAAGUAAUUGAGUCUUCCUGCCCACCCCCCUCACCCAGGCUGAACUGCUCCCUCUGUGCUCACCCUGAGAGAGACGAGCUGAUCCUUUUUGGAGGUGAAUAUUUCAAUGGCCAAAAAACCUACCUGUACAAUGAGCUGUACAUUUACCACAUCAGGAAGAACAGCUGGGCCAAGCUGGACAUCCCCAAUCCACCUCCGAGGCGUUGUGCUCACCAGGCAGCUGUGGUGCCCACGGCUGGGGGGCAGCUCUGGAUCUUCGGCGGCGAGUUUGCCUCUCCCAACGGGGAGCAGUUCUACCACUACAAAGAUCUCUGGGUCCUGCAUUUGGCCACCAAGACCUGGGAGCAGAUCAAGGCACCAGGAGGGCCCUCUGGACGAAGUGGACAUCGGAUGGUUGUGUGCAAAAGGCAGCUGAUCAUCUUUGGAGGUUUCCAUGAGAGUGCAAGAGAUUUCAUAUACUACAACGAUGUGUACGCCUUCAACCUGGACUCCUUCACCUGGAGCAAGCUGGCUCCUGCAGGGAUGGGGCCUGCUCCAAGGUCUGGCUGUCAAAUGACUCCCACCCCUGAGGGCAACAUCAUCAUCUAUGGGGGCUACUCCAAGCAGAGGAUCAAGAAAGAUGUGGACAAAGGCACCCUGCACACAGAUAUGUUCCUGCUGAAGGCUGAAGGGGCAGGCAAGGAGGAAGACAGGUGGAGCUGGAGCAGGCUCAGCCCCUCUGGAGUGAAGCCCAGCCCCAGGUCUGGCUUUGCUGUGGCCGCUGCUCCCAACAACCGCUGCCUCCUUUUUGGGGGGGUGCACGAUGAGGAGGAGGAGGAGAGCCUUGAGGGGGACUUCUUCAAUGACAUUUAUUUCUAUGACAUCGGGAAGAACCGCUGGUUCCCUGCACAGCUCAAGGGCCCAAAAUCAGAGAGGAGGAAGCGCAGGCGUGGCAGACAGGCUGAGGCAGAGGCUGCUGGAGGGGAGGAGCUGCAGCUGCCACCUCCCCAGGGCCCCCUGGAGAUCGUCAAGGAGGUGGUGGCAGAAGAUGGCACCGUCAUGACCAUCAAACAGGUGAUCCCUGGAGCUGCAGAAGACAAGGACAGGUCUUGCUCAGAGGAGGAGGAGGAGGAGGAGGAAGGUGGAACCCUCGGCCAGCCCGUGGAGCCAUGCCCACGCUCCAGUGCCAUGGUGGCAGUGAAGCACGGGGUCCUCUACGUUUAUGGGGGCAUGUUCGAGGUGGGUGACCGCCAGGUGACCCUCAGUGACCUGCACAGCAUCGACCUGCACAGGAUGGACCAGUGGAAGGUGCUGCUGGAGAUGGAUCCAAAAACCCAGGAAUGGCUGGAGGAGUCAGAGUCAGGUGAAGAGGAGGAUGAUGAUGUGGAAGGUGCAGAGGGAGGGGAGGAAGAAGAAGAGGAGAGCUCUGAAGAGGAGAGUGAAGAUGAGGAAGGGGAGCAGCAGCACCCAGCAGUGCAGCCUGGGGAGGCCCAGGCCCAGUACCUGGCCAGGACAGAGCAGUACUGGCUCGGGCUGGCCCGCAGCCACAUGGGCCCCGAGGCCAAGGACAAGAAGGUGCUCAAGGUGGCUCAUGCCAUGGCCAAGACUUUCUAUGAAGAUCCCAUCCAGAUGUCCUGAGGCUGCUCCUGGAGUGAAGGAACGUGCUGGGAGCAGCGGCCAGCCCUGCUGAGCUCAGCCCCAUGUCCAUGCUGGCUGCAGCCUUUCCCUGCUCUGGGCUGACCAUCCUGGAGGGAUGCUCUGCAUCUACUGGUACUCCUGGGAAUGCUGUGGGAGGCUCUUGAGGAACAGGAUUGCUGUCCAAGCACUUGUUCUGCUUGUUCUGGGCUGUAAAACACUGACUUUGUUGUUGCAAAGUUGUUUGGGGUCUUUCAGGACAACUGUGCACAUGACAAUGGUUCACUGGUCCCAGAUUCCUGACUGGGGUCAGGACAUGUCUCCAGGUUUUCCUACAAUAAACUCACUUGGUUAUA